AUGACCUGUAGCACCGUCCAGAGGGGAGGAGUCCAAACAGUGUGUCCAAGGUACUGGGAGACAGCGGAGCCCAGGAACUUGGAGGACUCUACUGCUGAUACAAUGCUGCUGGGAAUGUAUGGCGGGGUUGUGCCAGCAGUCUCCAGCUCCAGGGUUGGGCUCCGGUUCAACUCCUGCAGGGUCAUCAGAAGCCUCUUCAGUUCAGAUUCAAACGUGGCCUCCGACAGUGACCAGUUUGCUGCGGACAGACCCAGAUCCGGCUUCGCUGCCGCCUUCGACCUGCAGUCAGAGCUCCGACAGGAGGCAGAUUCCACCGCGAAGGCCCAAAAUGAAAGCUUCGCCUCGCUUCUUCGCCGGUGCCCGCUGAUCCAGAUGGGUCCGGCCAAGGACAAAGUGGUGAUCGGGAGGAUCUUCCAUGUGGUCCAGGACGAUCUAUACAUCGACUUCGGCGGGAAGUUCCACUGUGUGUGCCAGCGGCCGGUGGACGGAAAGAAGCUACAGCGGGGCAGCAGUGUCCGUCUGCGGCUGCAGGACCUGGAGCUCACCUCUCGAUUCCUGGGAGCAAACACCGACACCACGCUGCUGGAAGCCCAGGCCGUACUGCUGGGCCCGCUGGAAGCACGGGACCGACGGGAGAACCAGUACCGGGACUGAACGGACAUAGGCGGCCAGGCCAUGUUAACGUAAAAUCUGUGGUUUUCUAAAGGGAGCCUGGCAGCGGUAGUACGGAGUUUAAGGAAUGAACUUUAAACUGGAGAAAGGAAACCUGGGCGGAUGUUUCCACAGUGUCUGUUCACAGAUUCUGAUGUGUGAUUGUGAUUAAGUUUCACUCUGAUCUAGAAACUCAUCAGAAAUGUGAUGUUUCACUUUGGACUCUAGGCUACAGAUGUGAUCUGUCUGGAGCAGCCCAGAUGUUAGGAUCAGCUAAAAUAAACACAAUGAAAACAGUUCUUGAUUAUUCCUCCACAAAGGGCCAAGCUUCACUUUACGCUUUUCACAUAACACUUCACAAACUGUCCAUGAAAUUUGGAUUAAAUCAUAACUACUUAAAACAUUAAGAUGUUUGUUUUGUGUUUGUUUUUUCUUGGUGAGAACAUGCUUUCAAAUACUUAGGCCCUAUAAUGUAGCCCAGUACAACACCUCCUUUAACUAUGACAUCAGUAAUAAACAU